AUGAAAAACAAUUAAAAGGGGUAUCUGGAGCUAAAUUAGAUUUGGCUUAGUAGACAGUAAUUAUUUCAAAUAAGCUAAGAGAGUAUGAUGCUCAUAAGAGGAGACUCCAACAAAACUAUAAGUUGAGUCCUCAUAAGGAUUUGAGAAUCUAUGAAUAAGUCAAAAAAACUCAGUUUAUUAAUAAUCGAAAAAGAGAAUUAAUGAAAUGGUAGACAAUAUAAGAAUAAAAUACAUAAAUACUUGCGAGGCUGGCUAAAAUAAGCAAUCGCUCACCUACAGUAUUAAAAAAUUAAUAUUGGAAAGCCUCCCAGUUAAUGUGGUACGCCUCGAGGUAGAAGAUCAUUAAAGGAAUAAAAAUUGCGUAUUGAAAAUGAAAACAACAGGUUGUUAUCCAAAAUUAAUGGAAUGUAAGGUUUAAUUAAAAUUAGAUAAUCUAAUCUAAAGUAAGAAAAUUUUCAAGAUUCUUAUCUGAAGCAUAAAAAGAUAUAACAGAACAUGUAAAAAUUUUAUUUUGAUAACAACUUACACAAAAUUAAAUUAAGGGUUGAUGCAUAUUUGGAUAAUUUGAAUACUUAGAGAUUGCAUGAAAGAUCUAAAAGCUUGCAUGUUAAUCCGCGAACUAGUAAAUUAAACUGA